AUGCAGCCAAUUUUGAAGCCAAGUAAAAUAGUACAAUAUAAUAAAAAGAUGGGCCGCGUCGAUUUAGCAGACCAAUAUACAACAACCUACUGCUUCCUUCGCAAAACCCUAAAAUGGUGGAGGAAACUUUUUUUCUGGGAAAAACUGUUGCUGGAUCUUGUGGGGGACUUUUGUACAACAGCAAAACGUGGACGACAAUCAUCCAGCGACAAAGAACAACGACUAGAUGGAACGUUACAUAUAAUUACACUGCAUCUCCAGCAUAAACACAAGGAUUGUGCAGUUUGUACUAAACGAAAAGUUCCAGGUGGUAGAAAAGAGACUUCGUAUAUAUGCGAAACUUGCGAUAGAAAACCGGGAUUGCAUGUCGGAGAAUGCUUUAAACGGUAUCAUACGAUAGUUAAUUAUAAGCUGUAAACAAUAAAAAAUAAUGUUUAAAUAAUCUUAUAGUUUUAUUUUAUACUAGCUGCGCUAUUCCGUUUAUGAAGGUUAA